CGGAGGAGCAUGGCCGCAGGUAACACCUCCUCUGUGACGGAGUUCAUCCUCGCAGGCUUGACGGACCAGCCGGCUCUCCGGAUGCCCCUCUUCUUUCUGUUCCUGGGUUUCUACGUGGUCACCGUGGUGGGGAACCUGGGCUUGAUCACACUGAUCGGCCUGAACUCUCACCUGCACAUCCCCAUGUACUUUUUCCUCUUCAACUUGUCCUUCAUCGAUCUCAGUUUCUCCACUACCAUCAUCCCCAAAAUGCUGAUGAGUUUUGUCUCGAAGAAGAACACCAUUUCCUAUGCAGGGUGUAUGACUCAGCUCUUUUUCUUCUGUUUCUUUGUCUUUUCUGAGUCCUUCAUCCUGUCGGCCAUGGCAUAUGACCGCUAUGUCGCCAUCUGUAAACCACUGCUGUACACGGUCACCAUGUCUCCUCAGACGUGUUUGUUUCUCUUGCUGGGUGUCUAUGCGAUGGGGGUUUUGGGGGCUUUAGCUCAUACAGGAAACAUAGUGUUUCUGACCUUUUGUGCCGAUAACCUUGUCAAUCAUUAUAUGUGUGACAUCCUUCCCCUCCUUGAGCUGUCCUGCACCAGCUCUUACAUAAAUCUGCUGGUGGUCUUCGUUGUUGUGACCAUUGGCAUCGGGGUGCCCAUCGUUGCCAUUUUUAUUUCUUACGGUUUCAUUCUCUCCAGCAUCUUCCACAUCAGCUCCAUUGAAGGCAGGUCAAAAGCCUUCAGCACGUGCAGUUCCCACAUCAUUGCGGUUUCUCUUUUCUUUGGGUCAGGAGCUUUCAUGUAUCUCAAACCACCUUCUAUUCUACCCCUUGACCAGGGGAAAGUGUCUUCUCUAUUCUAUACCAUUGUGGUGCCCAUGCUGAACCCAUUAAUCUAUAGCCUGAGGAAUAAGGAUGUCAAAUUUGUCAUGAAGAAAACCUUGGGAAGAAUAACUUUCAUUUGA